ACACUCAUCUUGCGCUAUUACACUCUGAUCAAGUAUGCGCACUCCAUGGUCGCUACUUGACAGUGCACCAGCUUCCGAACAAGAUGUGCGACAUGGACUACGCCGAUCAAGCACAGAGCAUGUAAACAGGUCCGACACUGCAUUACCUCGACGCACAGGUGCACGGACGCAUCUCGUCAGGGCAAUAGCUUUAGCAUGUGCUUGUUCAUUAAGCAUAGGCAGUCACUAUGCGUCGUAUAUUCUCGGUCCUCUUAAAACAAGGCUUUCCCGAGAAAUGGGCACGUCGAAUACCGAGUUUAGUCUCCUCAUUGCUGCAUUCAGUCUCAAUAGUACAUGGACACCUUUACUGGGUGGUUUCCUAGCGGGACAUCUCGGAACGACUGUAACGAGCAUGCUUGCAACUGGGCUUAUUUUUCUAGGACAAAUUAUCUUGCUAUUCGGUGAUAUGAUAGAAAGCGUGCGGUUAAUGACCUUCGGAAUGUUUAUCUUUGGACUGGGCGUCAGUCCUCUUGCUGUGGUACAAGAAUCUAUAAUCGUCCGGUUUUUCAAAGACCAUGGUCUAGGCUUGUCUAUGGCGCUCGGACUUGUAGUCGGCAAAGCGUCCUCUUUCGUUUCCGCGCGGACGUCCUAUCCGCUCUCAGAAGCUUUUGGCCCGAGAGCUCCAUUUGUCGCGGCCACGUCGUUGGCGGCGCUUUCGUUUGUCAUGAAUCUAGUCUACCUUUCUGCUUCAAAGUGGCUUGUUAAGAGUUCCGGAACGGAAUUAGAAGCAUCUGAGCUCCAUCAGGAAGCCCGUGUUGUUGGGAGUUUGUCAGAAGCACAAGCACUCAAACAAGUCGCGAAGAAGCGAACGGUGCACAUUCGGGACAUAACGAAGCUUGGCGACGUAUUCUGGGCCUAUAUUGGUCUUAACAUUUUAUGCGGUGCCAUUUGGUCGCCUUUUACCCAUCUAGCGGCGAACAUAUUUGAGAAAAGAUACGGAUUGUCAGAGCGCGAGUCCAGCAACGAUGCAUCUUUCCUACUUGCGGGAAGCGUAUUUUUAUAUCCUUUAUGCGGUUACUUCAUCGACCGUAUGAAACAUCGUCCUAUCCUCCAUCAGUUGUUCCUCUUGUCUUCGAUUCUUACGGCUCUCUGCUACUUUUGGCUGGUCCUACCACCCAAAAUAACUGGUACACCCGUUCCCGCUGUGGCCUUCUAUGGAAUUGGACAAGGUUUUGCCCCAUUACUCCUCGUGAUUAUUGUUCCCACUCUUGUUUCUUCGAAAUAUGUACCGACGACGCUGGGGGCGCAUAAAAGUUUGGAGCAAACUGGAACUACCAUUUUCCAGACUUUCGCAGGACUCUUCUUAGACAAGUUAAAGAAGGGUAGCGAAGCACAAGACAAAGCAAGUGAACUCGACGCAAUCCAGAAACUCCUAGGUCUCUUCCUACUCCUAAACGUUUUCCAUUUCUUCUCCAUAAUCGGACUUUGGGCUCUCGAUCGACGACGAAAGAGACAAGCAGCUGAGGUUGAGCGACGAGCUCGGCUAGCACGACUGGAAGGUAGUGGUGCUGAAGGUGAUGAUGAUGAGGACCAAUUAGAGGAGAGCAUCCGUUCGUCCCCGAAAUCGCGUCGAAAGCUGUCGUUGCACGCCAAAGAGCAUACGUCAGAGUCUCAUUCGUUGCAACGCAGAGAGGCGUCGGCGUCGAGCGAGUCGACGAUUACACCCCUCGCGAGUGGAUCAGCUGCAGAGCGUGCAGCUGAGGAAGAAGCUCAACCACUCUUGAACGAUGAACCUCUUGCGUAUCACACGAAUGUAGUAGAGACGCCGGCAACAGGAGAAGCUCAAACGAGGAGUGAACACCUCCGUGGAGAGGUAUUUGGUGUAAUUGGCAUAUUGCUUAUCGCUUUUGCUUGGGUGUUUUUCAUUGGGACGGCGUUCCUUAGACUUCGCGCGAAGAAAGACAGAGAGUCCACAUGAUAU